AUGGUUGGCACUUUAGUGACUGUUGUUGCCGAGCGCAUACAUAAAAAGGUGGUCUCAAUUGCUUCCAAAGAAAUCGCCCUUGCUUGGGGCUACAAAAAGAAGUUGGACACUCUUGAACAUACGUUGAAAAUUAUAUGUGCCAAGUUACGGGAUACUGAAAACGAAAAAGGUAAAAACCAUGGUGUGAUGGUAUGGCUGACACUCCUAAAACAUGUAUUUGGUGAAGCUGAUGAUCUGUUGGAUGAGGUUCAUUACGAAAUGCUGAGGCAUGAGGUGGUGACACGAGAUGAAACGAGAAUGAUAUCCUUUAAAUCUCUCCCUAGCUUGAAAACAUUUUCAAUUCGUAGAGGAUUGGGACACAGGAUCGAAAACAUUACCGACAAAUUUUUUGAGAUGAAUGAACAUGCCAACAAUUUAGGACUACAAAAUAGACACCCUCUUGUCCAGGAUGGUCUCUAUCAGGAGACUGAUUCAUAUCUAGAUGAAUUCAAAAUUGUUGGAAGGGAUAGUGAUGAACUACAUAUCAUACAACUUUUAACCGAAUCAAGAAAAGAAGAAAAAAUUAGGAUUCUUCCCAUUGUGGGAAUGGGCGGGAUAGGGAAGACCACACUGGCUAAGUUGGUUUACAAUAAUCCAAAAAUUGAGCAACAUUUUGAUGCUAGAGUUUGGUUGUGUGUUUCGGUUACAGUUGACGUCGACACAGUUCUUGCAAAGAUUUGUAGAUUUCUUGGCGGAUAUAAAUGUAAUUUACAAACUAGGGUCAACCUAAUUACAUAUCUUCAAGAGAAGUUGGGAUCAAAAAGAUAUUUGGUAGUCUUGGAUGGCGUUUGGGAUAGAGAGAUGACACAUUGGGAUGAUUUCCAGAGUUGUAUGCUAAAAGUAAACCCACAGAACGGAAGUUGCUUUCUUGUCACUACACGAAAUCUUGAAAUUGGAAGUAAGGCUUUUAAUGAGGAGUUCCACGCUUUGCAAGGUCUUUCAGAUGAUGACUGUUGGUCUAUCUUUAAAGAGAGAGUGUUUGUAGCAGGACAACCAUUGUUGCCAGAAUUGGAGGAGAUAGGACGUGAUAUUGUGGACAAGUGUCGUGGUUUGCCCUUGUUAGUAAAGGUAAUAGGAGGCAUGUUGCGAAACUAUAAUAACAAAGAGAAAUGGUUGUCCAUCAGAGAUAGCAACGUUUGGGAUCCAGAAGAAGGACAUAUAGUUAAAAAAAUCUUGAAACUAAGCUUUGAUAAUCUGCCUAAUUAUGUUGUCAAGCAAUGCUUCACAUAUUGUUCCAUUUUCAACAACAGCAGGGUCAUGAACAACAAAGAACUUAUCCAAUUGUGGAUGGCUUUAGGGUUGGUUCUAGAUGAUGAGAGUACAAAAAAGGAGAUGGAGGACGUUGGAAAUGAUAUUUUCCAAAUUUUAGUAAGAAGUUCAAUGCUCCAAGAUGUUAAAAGGGAUGAGUAUGAUUACUUCACUUAUUUUGGCAUCCAUGAAAUUGCUUCUUGUGGUAUGCAUGAUCAGAUGCAUGAUCUUUCAGUAUCACUUUCCAAACAUGCAAGCUCGUGUCUGAUGCUUUCGACAAAUAAUGAUAUUGUACAUAUUCCUCAGGUUAAACAUCUUUCUAUGUACCAAGAACGGAAUGAGCAUUGUGAAUUCAACACCAAGCUUUCUAGGGUGAUAAAAGAUUAUCUCACAACUAGAAGUUUGCAAACACUGUUCUUUGAGGGUGAAAUUGAGAAAGGCAUUUCCUUUCAACGUUUCAACUCCAUACGAAUACUAAAACUCUCUUGCUGUGAAGUAGAGGAGCUAGACGAUUCUCUUGGAGAGUUGGUGUAUCUUAGGUUUCUUGAUUUAUCAUACACCCGAAUCCAAUUUCUUCCAAAAUCUAUUGGUAAACUUUACCAUUUGCAAACUCUCAAGUUGUAUGGCUGCUAUGGUCUCCUAGGAUUGCCGGAGGAAAUGACAAAUUUGAUAAGCCUAAGAAACUUAGAGUUUCCAAAAAUUGUCAGAGUGCACAAGGUGGGACAACUGACUUCUCUACGAACCUUACCUUUCUUUGGUGUCCAUGGAUGGAAAGGAUAUCAAAUUGAAGAGUUGGGUAGUCUGAAACACCUUCAUGGAGAGAUCCAAAUUUUCAAUCUGGAAGAAAUUAGCAGCAAAGAAGAUGCUUUGAAGGCUGAUUUAUCAGGAAAGAAAAAUUUAUACAUGAUUGAUUUCAUUUGGUCUAGGAAUGAAGGUUUCAAUAGAAAUGACUUGGAUGUAUUGGAAGGCUUGCAACCCCCUGAAAAUGUGAAACAUUUGACAAUUGUAAAUUUUUCUAGUGAUAAUUUUCCAGCAUGGGUAAUGAAGAUGUCAAUCAAUAAUGAUGGAAAAUGGGCGCCCCUUCGUAAUCUCGUGGGGAUCAAAUUAUCUGGAUGUAGCAGUUGCCUCUAUCUUCCGAUCCUUGAGUACUUGCCACUUCUUCAAGAUCUUGUGUUACAGAACAUGGACAAUUUGAAAUGCUUAAAAACUUCUUUACACCAAGGCGACAAUGUUACAAGAUUAAUGAAGCCUUUAUCUCCAUCACUGAGAUCUCUCCAACUAAGUGGUAUGAAAAGACUAGAAAAAUGGAUAGAUACAACAACGAAUAGCUCAACAAUGAUAUCGCCUGUCCUUGAGACGUUGCAUAUUCAUGAGUGCCCAAAGAUAAUUCUCUUAGACGAAUGGCAUCCCCAUCCUCUUGUUUCCUUACAAAUAGAUAGUUGUGAUAACCUCGUAUCCAUUAAGAGCAUUCAAGGCCUAAAAUCUCUGGAAUCUUUAGAAAUCCACAAAUGUCCUAAUCUUUUAAGAAUACCCGAGUUAUCCCACCAAGGAAAUUCUUUAAAGAUCAUGAGAAUCAUUUGCAGCAGUAAAUUGACUUACUUACCUCGUGAAAUAUUCAACUGUUUUUCCUUCUUAACCAAGUUGUCACUUGGUCCCUUCUCCAAUGAGCUCCAUUCUUUCCCAAGUCUCCAAGGAAUAGAGAAGUUGAGAAACCACCUUCGCUCGUUAGAAUUGUCUGGUUGGCAUCAUUGGGAGUCAAUACCAGAAGAAAUAAAACACCUAACGUUACUCACUCGGCUUUUCAUAUAUGGUUUUGGAAUGCAAGAAUUGCCCACCUGGUUAAACAAUAUGUCAUCUAUCCGAGAUAUGAGGUUCUAUGAUUGCCCCAGGUUGGAUAGAGGACUGGUUAAAUUGGGAGCACUACGGGGAAGUGGAUUAUGUCUUCUUAAAUGGAAUGAGAGUUAUAUGGAUAUGUUAGUUGAUUAG